AUGGAGCUGGUGUCCCAGCCCCACGCUGUGUCUUCCCGUGGCUCAGGCCACAGAAAAGCCAAGAGGAGUCGCCUUGGACGCCUGUGGAGACGCUUGAUCCACCCUCUGACACUCUGCUGGCAGAGUUCCCACAGGGAUCCCCAGGACUGUCCUCAGAAUAAACAGGAGCCAGGCUCUAAGCCUGACCCCUUCAGGACCAUCGACAAGAACAGAAGGUGCAUUGAAGAAAUACUCUACAAUAUCCCACAUGCUGUUCAGCACAACGACCUCACCUCCAUCAGCAUUUUUCUAGACAUCUUCAGAAACUAUGUUACCACCUGGGAGGUGCUGGACCAAAUGAUGAGGAUGUAUGGUAACUUCGGGCCUGACUCUAUGUGGGAUGAACAAAUAAAGAGUGCCAUCUUCACUUUCUUGUUAUACUGGCUUCAGAAAUUUCCUGAUGAUUUUUGUGAAUCCCAAAACUUCAACCUGGUGAAUCAUGUAAGGGUGUAUGUGAGGCGCCAUUCUGCAGAGGGAGAUCCCCAAGCCAGGGAGCUUUUCUCGGUGCUGGAGGAUCUCGAGGAGGAAUAUCUAAAGCUUGAGACAGAUUUCAUAACAACUCCAAAGGCCCAAGUGCAGGAGGAUGACCAAGUCUAUGGAAUUCAAGAGAGUCUGCCUUCAAGUCCAGCUUCUAUGGCAGAGCCAGAGGGAGGCCUGCUACCCCUAGAGGACACUGAGUUCUUGGAAACAACAAUUGUACAACCCUUUGAGGCAGAAGCUGGUCCAGUGCAGCUUCCAACUUUACAUCAAUCUCUGCCCAUAGCAGCUGCUCCACAGUCACCUGGAGAUGUGUCUGCUGAUGGGGCUGCAGAUGGAGCUGCAGGUGGGGCUGCAGAUAUGGCUGCAGGAGUGGCUGCAGAUAUGGUUGCAGAUAUCGCUGCAGAUGGGACAGUAGAUGGAGCUGCAGGUGGGGCUGCAGAUAUGGCUGCAGGAGUGGCUGCAGACAUGGUCGCAGAUAUCGCUGCAGAUGGGGCUGUAGAUGUGGCUGCAGAUGUGGCUGCACAUGUUUCAGCUUUUGAGUACAUAGUUUUCUCGGCUGUUGUGCAGUUAGGUGCACCAGAGUGUUUUUUCCCUUUGCCUGAGGUGGACAUAUAG